UAAAUGUUCUUCUUAUAAUGUGGCGACUGCCACGUUGAAAACAACAAACAAGUCCGUGCUUACGUUAAAUAUUAAAAUUUCUUUUUAAAAUAAAGCAGUUUAUUUGUAGACCUUCUAUAAAGCAUUGAAGAUCUAGCGUCUUAUUACUUCGCAUAAUAUUAUUGUCUGAGACUCAAUAAAAAUAGAAAAAUGAGGGUGAAAGAAAUUGAUAGAACGGCCAACAUGGCUUGGUCGCCAGAGGAUAAAUAUCCAAUCUAUAUUGCCACUGGAACAGCUGCUCAGCAAUUAGAUGCCACUUUCAGCACUACAUCUGCUAUUGAGCUAUAUGGAUUGAAUAUUGAUGAAGCUACUCUUGACAUGCCAGUGGUUGCUUCUGUAGAAUCGGAUGCCAGAUUUCAUAAAAUUGUUUGGGGUCCUUUGAAGGACACAGAAAGUGGUGUUAUUAUUGGAGGUAGUGAGAAUGGUAGCAUCCAUGUUUAUAGCGCUGAUAAACUUCUUUCAGGCUCAAAAGAUUGUCUCUCAGCUCAACUUUCUCGACACAUUGGCUCUGUGAAAGCUUUGGAUUUAAAUCCAUUUCAGCAAAAUCUUUUGGCUUCAGGUGCAGGAGACUCUGAAAUUUACAUUUGGGAUCUGUUAAAAUCUGAUAGUCCUAUGACACCAGGGCAGAAAUCACAGCCUCCUGAGGAAUUAGCCAGUGUAGCAUGGAACUGCCAAGUUCAGCACAUUCUAGGCUCUACAUUUGCAACUCGCUGUGUUGUAUGGGAUCUGAGAAAAAAUGAACCAAUUAUCAAAAUCAGUGACAGCAUGUCUAGGAUCAAAGCUAAAUUAAUAGCAUGGCAUCCCGAGGUGGCCACACAGUUGUGCUUGUCUUCUGAAGAUGAUCACACUCCAGUGAUUCAAGUCUGGGAUUUGAGAUAUGCAACUUCUCCACUGAAAGUCCUGGAAAGUCAUACCAAGGGGGUCUUGUCUAUGUCUUGGUGUAAAAGGGACCCUGAUUUAUUGCUGAGCUCUGGAAAAGAUAACAGAAUUCUUUGUUGGAACCCUAACUCUAAUGUUCAAAAUGGAGAAGUUGUUUACGACCUUUCUACAAAUAAUCAGUGGUGCUUUGAUAUACAAUGGUGCAUCAGAAACCCCUCCAUUAUAUCCAGUGCUUCGUUUGAUGGACAUAUUACUUUGUAUUCUAUAUUGGGAGGAGGCCAUCCAGUCCAGCCCAGUAAUAAGGUUGCUGAAUCUUUUGGUGGUGCACAGUUUGGUUCUGCACCAGUGCAAGUACCUCAUGAGGAGGAUAAAACUCUUCCUCUUCAGAAGCCCCCCAAGUGGAUCAGAAAACCUGUUGGAGCAUCUUUUGCUUUUGGAGGCAAGCUAGUGUCAUUUGUACUGGACAAGCCAACACACCCACAGCAGCCAGUUUCUCGCACUGUGACUAUCAGUCAAGUGGUCACUGAGACUGAGCUUGUUGUUCGCUCCAACCAGCUGGAACAAGCUCUCAAUGAUGGCCGCUUUUCUGAAUUUUGUGCCAUGAAAGUAGCUAACAGCAAAGACUCUAUGCAAGAAAACAUAUGGAACUUUAUGAAAGUCAACUUUGAAAAGGAGCCCAGAACUAAAUAUCUUGAGCUUUUAGGCUAUGAUCAAAAUGAAUUGGCUCGAAAGGUUAUUGAGCACACAGGUACUGAAGUGUCUGCAUCUUCCAAGCGAGGGGUUGAUGCUCAGGAGCUGGCACAGAAAAUGUCUUUAUUAAAUACAGGGAGCAUAAUGAAAGCUGAUCGCUUAUUGGCCAGUGGGCAAGCCUCUCCAAAUGUUGGAUCAAAGACUCCUGUUGACCAGUCAGAUGAUCUGAAUGGUUCUGCAAUCUUUGAUGAAAUCUCUGCAUCACAGCAAAAAUCUGGGAAUGAAACACCUUUAGUUAUUCCUACAAAUAAUGCCGAUGGCCUCAUGACACAGGCUCUCCUUACUGGGAAUUUUGAGGCUGCUGUUGAGAUGUGCCUGAGUGAAGACAGGAUGGCUGAGGCCAUACUUCUGGCAAUUGCUGGUGGCCCUGAAUUGUUAGUUAGAACCCAGAAAAAGUACUUCCAGAGAAACAAGUCAACUUUAGGACGGCUAAUCUCAUCAGUCAUCACUCAUGAUUGGGCACACAUUGUUGAAACUUGUGAUCUGGACAACUGGAAGGAAGCAUUGGCUGUCAUCCUGACAUAUGCUUUACCUGAGGAGUUCGCUCCUCUUUGUGAUACUUUAGCUAGAAGGCUGGAAAAAGAAAGAAAUGGAGGUCUCUCACUUUAUGCCAGUUUGUGUUAUAUUUGUUCUGGUAAUGUUGAGAAACUUGUUGAAAAUUGGAUACAAAACACAGAAGACCCAAAUCAGCCACUUGCAUUGCAGGAUUUGGUAGAGAAGAUAAUGAUUUUGAGGAAAGCUGUAGAGUUAUCCCGGGGCACAUCACCCAGUGUGUCUGGUGGUGCCAUUGCUGAAAAAUUGAGCCAGUAUGCUGGAUUGUUGGCAGCUCAAGGCAACCUUGCCCCAGCUUUAACCUACCUCAAUAACACUUCUGAUACAAAUUUAGCUAUUUUACAAGACCGUCUCAUCAGAGCUCUUGGUCAAAAUCCUGCCAGUCUUGGUGUCAAAUGUCCAUUUCCUCAACUGAAUGUUUUGUCUGGAGUGGAAAAUGUGAACAAAACUGCUGUUGGGACAGCUGCAUAUCAAAGACAAGAUAUUUCUACUUCUUCUGCUAAGGGAUUUACACAGACUCAGUAUUACAACCCAACAAAUACUCAGAACUACACCCCACCUGCUAAUCCAGUACCUAAAACAACUCCUGUCCAUAAAGGUGCGAAAUAUCCUCAGUACCCAUCCUCUACACCUGCUUAUCCCAAUUACAUGCAAUCAGACUACAAUCAGCAACAGACAUAUUCUAAUUUGUAUAGCCCGAACACAUUCUCUCCAGCAACCAAUCAACCAUCAAACUUUUUUACUCCUGUUAGUUCAUCAGGGCCUUCGCCAUCAGUUUACAACCCAGCAGGGCCUUCUGCCUACAACCCUGCAGGACCUUCUCCUUCAGUCUACAACCCCACUGGUCCUGCUCAGCCAUUGUACAAUCCUGCUGCUCCUUCUCCCUCAGUGUACAACCCAGUGGGACCUUCCCCAUCAGUGUACAACCCUUCAGCAUCUUCUACUUCUGUGUACAAUACACCGAUCCCUGCUCCCCAACAACAGUCCAUCUAUUCCUAUCAGGAUAAACCAGCUGAGUCUGCCUGGAAUGACCCACCCAUUGUUUUGGAUAAAAAAUCUAGUCAUGCUUCACCUUCAGACCAUCCACCUGGUGCUCCAACAUAUCCUGGACUGUAUAAUCCCAUGGAACAUCAUCCAGCUCCUCAGCUUCAUAGUAACACACCAUAUGGCGUAUACAACCCAGCGACCCCUGCUCACACUGUACCACAGAGUUCCCCUCAGGUUCCUGCCCCUGCUGUUGAACCAGUUCCUCAUGUACAGAGAGGCCCCAUCCCUAAAGAGCAUCAAGUUCUUCAAGAUGUCUUUGAUAAAUUGGUGAAAAAUUGUAGCCAAGUAGCCCCAAAUGCACAAAUGAAACGCAAACUUGAAGAUGUGACCAGAAAACUAGAGCUCUUGUAUGAUAAACUUAGAGAAAAUUUGCUUUCCCAGACAGCAUUAGUAGGUUUGCAUCAGAUAGUCCAGGCCAUCCAACAAUAUGACUAUAAUAGCAGCCUUGCUGUCUACACUGGAAUGGUGUCACAUGGUAAUUUCUCAGAGAUCUCAAACUUUAUGCCAGCCAUCAAAGUUCUUCUACAGUCUGCAUUGCAGCUACAGGUCUAUGUGCAAUAGCAUUUCAUUCAAUAGUCUACUUGAAUUAUUCUAUUUAUAUUUUUAAGCAGUGUAACCCAGUCAGCCAUUUCCAUGCUUCAUGGGUACCGUAUCCUUAAUGUUACAAAAUGUUGAAUUUGGAUGGAAUAUGACGGAUUACCAAUCUUAUACUACUGCAAGAAUGUACAGAAUAAUACUUUAUGAUUUACAGAGAAUCUUCUUAUAAUAUUGGCUUAGGUGUAAAAAUGUCCAUUCUUUCUUUGCUUUUUCAAUUUUUUACUUUACAUGUAGUAUGUUUUGAAAUUAUCAUUUCUCUGACUAAUUCUGUAUCGCCUUGCCCAUUGUCAUCCUUAUCACACUUUCAAUAGAAAUACUAGUUGAAGUCUUUUCAUUGGGGAUUUUUACUCUAAAACUUUAUCACAUUAAUCUUUUUUUUUUUAAGAUCCCAUUUUCAUUUUUUAAGCAAUACAGUUCAGUAAAAGAAAAAAAGAAGAAAAAGCUAUAUAAAGAAAUGUGGUAGUGAUGUAGUAGAAUGUAAACAAAAAUGUCAUAAGAUAAAAAUGUAAAAAGAAAAAAAAAAAACAGGUCCAAGACGCCACGUGGAAGUGGUGCCAUCUAAAUAA